AUGGCCCCAGAGGAGGUGACCGUGAGAAGUCCAGUCCCACUCAUCAUGCGAGUUGCCAUUGUACUUUAUAAACUGGGCAGUUCUGCUGAAUACAGAAUCAUCGCAAAUCAAUUUGGGAUAAGUAAGAGCAGCGUGAAAAAGUUUGUAUAUAUGUUCUGCAAAAGUAUGAUUACGGGGCCCAUUAAACAACUGAUCCGUGUCCCAACUGAUGAGGAGGCGUUGGAGAUCGCCAGAGGUUUUGAGGCCUCUCACCACAUCCCCCAAAUUCUUGGACUCAUCGACGGAUCGCACAUCCCCGUCCUUCCUCCCUCUGAUGGAUAUAAGGAUUUCGUCAACAGAAAGGGUUGGCCGUCUUACGUACUGCAAGCUGUUGUGGACAACAACUGUUGUUUCUGGAGCAUCAGUUGUAAGAUGCCAGGGAGCGCACACGAUGCCAAUGCCUUGCGCAAUUCGGACAUCUUUCAAAGGGCCCAUCUGUUGCCAAAGUGCGUGAAGAACAUCGAAGGCAAAGACAUCAACCUCUUUAUUGUUGGUGACCCGGCAUACCCCCUUCUUGACUGGCUUAUUAAAGCAUACCCCAACUCUCCUCGUCUGACUCCUCAACAACAGUCAUUUAAUGUGUACCUUAGCUCAGUCAGGGUGGGGGUAGAAAUGACAUUUGGAUUGUUGAAGUCAAGGUGGAGAAUCCUUCUAAAAAGAAGUGAUUUUCACUUUAGCUUUGCUCCUACAAUGAUUGCUACCUGCUGUGGGCUCCACAACUUCUGUCAAAGGGAGGGAGAUUAUGCCAACAACAGCUGGCUGGAGGAGGGUCGUGACCAUGCGAACAACUAUCCUCAGCCUAACCAGCCAGCUGACCCCCAGUGCAGUAGUGAUGGAACCAGUGUGAGAGAGGCUUUGACAACUUACAUGGCCACCCACUUUCCGCUCCGCACAGGUCACCUGCAUUAAAUAUUUGGAUGUCUUCUUUAUUGCAUAUUUUUUAUAGUUAAGCAUAUAACAGGUUAAGUAUACUAUAGCUGGUAUUUUGAUUUUGUGUCAAAACAAUCCAGAUUGUCCUUAUUUGUAAUUGAUUUAUGAAGCACAAGGAAAAACUUGACAUUUUAAUUUGUUUUCAAGGGCUUUUUUUGUGCAGUUAAGUUCAGCAUAGUAUAGGAUGAGUGGAGGAUCAUAUUUUGAUAUUUGCUUUGGAAUAAUUCUGGUAGUCCUUGUUUUUAAUUGAUCACAUCUUGUAGGUUCAUCAGAUGUUUACGAAGCACAGGGAAGAUACUUGUGAUAUAUUUUUUAUAUUGAUUUAAAAAGUUAUUUUAUAUGCAGUUAAGCAUAUUGAUUUAGUAAAGCUGAAACGUUAACAGAUUGUCUUAGAAAAUGUAAAAACAAUAAUCUUUCAAUGCUCUUUAAUAAACCAGAUAUUUUCAUACAUUCAACAGACAUUUUUGU